ACUGUGAGAGCUGGGGCACAGACUGGGUAUGUCUGAGAAAACAUUUAAGUUAUGCUUGUCUGACAGCCCGAGGACUGGGAGCCACGCAGCAGUAAACAUAAUUAAAAAUAUGAAUUUACGCGAAGAAGAUGCUGACAGGCACCUGAGUCCUGCGUGAAGAUCUGAGGAGGACAUGAUACCAGAGCCCUCAGCAGCAGCCGCAACCAGAUCCUCAGAGCAGAAUACAAACUCUCAGGUGGAGGCAACUUCUUCCGGAGCCGUCAAUCAUUCGGAAGAUGACUCGGGGAACGAGAACCGACAGAAAAGCGUGCAAUUCUCUGGGAAUGCCACGUGCAGAAAGGCCAAAGCCAGCUGCAGCAGUGCUGGCAAAGCCGGGGGCAGGCGUGGUAAACAGAAACACGUGGAGGCCGUCACCUUGUUUGAGGUGAUCACUAUGGGCAAGAGUGCCAUGCAGACCGUGAUCGAUGACUGGAUCGAGGCGUACGCCACCGACAGAGACUCUUCUCUCCUCGAUCUCAUCAGCUUCUUCAUCCAGUGUUGUGGGUGCAAAGGCAAGCGGAUGCGUGUGGUCACAGCAGAGAUGUGUCAGAGCAAAGAGGACGGUGAAGUUAUGAGUAAAAUGGGGGAGGAGCUAGAUGAGGUCGCUGGUCUGCAGUAUAAGAAGUUUAUGGCUUUUCCAUGGAUCCUCACUGUCACAUGGCCCCUGGAUACAGAUAAUGCGGACUAUCCCCUGGUGCAGCCCGGACCUCAGGGCCGCUGGUUCCACUCCGAGUUCUGUGACUUUCUGUCUGUGCUCGUGAUCCAGUGUCAGCACAGCGUCAUUUUCGACAGUUACCUGAUGAACACCCUCAUCUCUCUGCUGACCGAGCUUUCCAACUCGUACGUGCGAGCGUUCAGACACACGUGCACGCUGGCAGCGGCCAAGCUGUUGAGCUCGCUGGUGGGCGUGGCUCUGAGCCUGAGCGUGGGCGUUGAAAACAGUCAGAAACUGUACGAUGUCCAGAAGACGAAGACGGCGAGACAGAGGAGCACGCAGCAGCUGGAUAGGAUCCAGAGGAAGAUCAGAGAAUUGCAGGAGAAGCGAGCAGAAAUAGAGGGCAUGAUGGACGUCAUCUUCAAAGGAGUUUUCCUCAAGAGACAUCGGGAUGUCCUCCCUGAAAUUCGCUCUAUCUGUAUGGAGGAGUUGGGCUUGUGGAUGAAGCUAUACAGCUCUGUGUUUCUCAAUGACAGUUACCUCAAAUACAUGGGCUGGAUGUUGAAUGACAAGGUAGCAGAUGUGCGUCUCAAGUGCGUGUUAGGUCUGCAGGGUUUGUACGCCGAUCCUCUCCUCCUGCCUAAAUUAGACUUGUUCACCAGCCGCUUUAAGAACCGGAUGAUCUCCAUGACACUGGAUAAAGACAAUGAGGUGGCUCUACAAGCCAUGAAACUACUGGUAUUCAUCUCCAAACAAUCUGAUGAUGUUCUCACUCCAGAGGACUACAAGCAGCUCCUCCAGUUUGUUUACGCCUCUCAGCGUCCUCUCGCUGCUUCUGCUGGCGAGCUGCUCUUCUCAAGGCUACUCAAGGCUGUUCCCCCUACAACUGAUUCUCAGGAUGAAUUAAAUGAAGAGGAGAUACACAAACAACAAGCAUUUUCCAGAUUGAAGGCUCUGCUCCAGUUCUAUGAGGAGUCACAGUUGCACAAGCAUGUUGUGUACUUGGUGGACAGUCUGUGGGACUGUGGAGGAGCUGUACUGAAAGACUGGCCCACGCUCACAUCUGCAUUGCUGCAGGAACCCUCCUCACACAGUCCAGGUUUUACCCCAGCAGAACAAGCCGUUCUUGUAGAGAUACUGGUGGCUUCUGUGCGUCAGGCCUCAGAGGGACCGGCACUCGCCGGGAGGAGCGGGGCAAAGAAGGUAAUGAACGUCAGAGAAAAAAAAAAUCAAAUCGACGAAUGUCUAAGAAUCACCGAUCAUUUCCUCGUGGUGCUUCCUAAGUUGCUUUCCAAGUUCUCGUGUAGCUGUGACACUGUGGCCUCCCUGAUGAGGAUCCCACAGUACUUCCUCCCAGAAUGUCCAAAGGCCGAAGACACACAGGCGGUUUCCAGCCUGAUGGCAGAGAUGGCAGCUGUUUUGGACCUCCACUCGAGCCCUGCACUCCUGGAGGCAGCGGCCCGCUCAUACCUCAGCCUGUGUGGUGGAGAGGCAGCCUGGUGCUCCACAGCGAGGGCCGCCAGAGACAGUUUGGUCCAGCGAUGGGUGGAUCAACUGGCAGAACUAUUGGGCGACUCAGUCAGGGGCGAGAGUUUCUCUGCUGACGAGGAAAAGACGAGAGAAAUAGUAGCAACACUGAAGAAGCUCGGAGCUUUCCACAACUGUCACGACCUCAGUCAGUGGCGUCUGUUCGACCUGCUUUCUCCUCUGCUAUCAGCCGAGAGCGGCCAUGAAGAAGCACCGCCCGAGGUGCUGGCGGAGGUGCUGCAGUGCGCGUCCUUCGCCGUGCUCUGGUCUCUCAACACGAGCAGCGAAACGCUGAGCAGCAGAGAGAAGGCCGUGGCCCAGCGGCAGCAGCUGCGUCUGUUCUGUGAGAGGAGUCAGUGCUGCCUCUCCCACUGCAGCCAGAGCGUGAGGGAUCAGGCUUUCCUGGGCGUGUGCGACGUCCUGUCGGCCCACUCGUACCAGCUGCACCUGUGGGAUCCGGCCUGCUUCGGGCCGCUGCUGUACACGCCCAGUCCCAAACUGCAGAGGGCGUUGUCCACCUUCGUGUGCGCGCACGUCUUCCUCGGCUCCGACUGCGACAGCCAAAGCAAGGCCGGUGAGAACUCUGAAGAGGAGAGGCUGGAGGACCUUCACAGAAGAAGGAAUUUGCUGGCGGCUUUCUGCAAGCUGAUCGUGCACAGGGUUCUGGAGAUGAGCAUGGCAGCCGAGGUCUUCAUGUUCUACAUGAAGUUCUACAAUGACUUCGGCGACAUCAUCAAGGAGACCAUGUACAGGACCAGGAAGAUGGACAAAAUAGAGAGCGCUCGCUCUCUGCUGCUCUGUUUGCAGGAGCUCUUUGUGCGACUGAAGCGCGAGCAGGACAGCGGCGGCAGGGGUCACCCGGGCGUCCAGACGUUCACCAGCAUCAAAGAGCUGGCCAGGCGCUUCGCCCUCACCUUCGGGGACCCCGUCAAAUUUCGCGAAUGCGUGGUCAUGAUCCACAGGAACGGGAUAGAGUUCGUGUUCCAAGAGUUCGGCCAGAGCCCGGAGGCCGCCACCCCGCCCCACCUCCCCUACCUGACCAUCCUCAGCGAGUUCUCCAGCAAACUGCUCAGACCGGACAAGAAGACCAUGCUCUCCCACCUGCAGAGACACACGGCCGAGCUGGUCACCGACCUCAGGGAGGAGCGCUGGCAGCCGCUCAUCUACUACCGCGCCUCGCUGCUGGCCGCGGCCGAGGCCGAGGACGCCGCGUCCUACGUGAGCUCCGGCCGGAGGCCGCACACGCAGAACAGAUCGCCCCUCCCCAAGCACAAGCUGGAAGUUCAAAAGCAGAGCAUCAGCCCCAGCCAUCAGAAGACGGGCAACGUGGAGCCGUUUUCCGUCCCUCUCACCACUGAUGCUGUCCUCACCAUCAGCAACGAGCCGGACGAUGGCACUGUGGAGGUUGAGCUGUAAAUACCAAGAGGGCGGGGGAUGCCUCGCUUCUCCUGGAUCCAAAAUUUAUACUUUUGUAAGCAGCGUUUUCUUCUUGAAGACAUUCAGGCUUCCAUGUUUUUGUUGUUUUCUGGGAACUUGCAGUAUUUUACGUUAUUAGGAGGAUCUAAAGGAAAAAAAACGGUCAUUCUGAUCCAUUCCUUUUAUGUCAUGACCAAAACUAUUGUUGAAAAGUGAGCCCCGGUGGCUAAUUUACACUGAGCUGAAUCAUGUAUGAGUCAGAGCGAUAAGCACCUUCCCGCUGCCAAAAUACUUUUGACAGUUUGCAAAAUAGUCCCCAACAAAAGCACUUUUUCUCCCCUAAUUUUAACUUUUUUUUUAAGUGCCGCAUGGUCUCUUUAAAUGAUUUCAAAAUGUUUUAAACAUUUGUGUCAUCAACAGAAUUAAAAUCCUGAGCUGGGUUUAUGUAAACUUUUCAAAGAAAAGCAUCACAAGCCAUCCCAGCUUUAAUAAACAGGAAGGCUCUCAGUUGAAUGAUAUAAGAAAUAUAAUAAUAUAUAAUAUUAUGAUAAUAUAUAUAAAAUAAUAUAAUAACAGGCGGUUAAUUUUUCAAAAGUAGAUUUAAGAUUAAAUGCGUAAACCAGGGUUUCUUAUUGUGCAUAAGCUGGAAUGUUGUUCCUCACUUGUGUGUUCCAAGUAAAAUAAUGUGGUGGAUGAGUUCCCCAUAAAGGGAUGCUCAAGUACCAGCAGAUUUUGGGGCAAUUUAUUUAUUCUCUUUAAAUCCUAUGUUCUAUCAUGACAGUUCAUCCUUUUUUCAGUCAUUCUGAAUUUAAAUUAAGGACCAUUUGUAUUGAUAUUAUAUUUUUAAAUGGAUUUUUUAAAAAUUGUUAAACAUGCUGUACUGUAAACUUGACUUGAAUUGUACAGGGAACAUUAAGUAAAUUCUCUACAUUCAUGUUUUGGAUUCCAUCGUCAUCCAAGAACAGUCCUCAAUAGUAAUAAUGUCAACUGACAACCGUGAUGUCAUUUUCUGUCUGACUUUAACACUACAUAUGCAGUUUAUGUAACUUUUCUUUAUUUUGAAUAAAAUUGCCUAAGUCAUAUCUUAAAAGUAAAAAAAAAAAGUAUCUAUAUUCUUUAAAAAAGCAUCUCGUUGAGAUACUUCAAACAGCUAUAAUCGCAAUAUGGAUGAGUAGAAAAUCCCGUCACAGGUUAAUCAGACACACAUGUAUAACUGC